AUUAAAAAUAACAAUUUUCGCUUUGUAAUCCGCUGUUUCAUGUACGAGAAUAUUAAAAAAAAAUUACUGAUUUAAAUUAAAUAGAAAUUACUUAAGUUGUAGUAAUGGGUCAAAAUCAAUCUGGAGGUGGCAGUGGUGGUGACAAGAAAGAUGAUAAAGACAAGAAGAAGAAAUACGAGCCUCCGAUUCCUACCAGGGUGGGCAAGAAGAAGCGUAAGGCUAAGGGACCAGACGCCGCUCUGAAACUGCCUCAAGUUACGCCACAUACGCGCUGUAGAUUGAAGUUAUUGAAGCUUGAAAGAAUAAAGGAUUACCUACUUAUGGAAGAAGAAUUUAUUCGUAAUCAAGAGAGGCUUAAGCCACAAGAAGAGAAAAUUGAAGAAGAACGAUCCAAGGUUGAUGAUCUCAGAGGAACACCAAUGUCAGUGGGUACCCUGGAGGAGAUCAUUGAUGAUAACCAUGCUAUAGUGUCUACUUCAGUCGGCAGUGAACACUAUGUCAGUAUUUUGUCAUUUGUUGACAAGGAUCAACUGGAGCCUGGCUGCUCUGUUUUAUUAAAUCAUAAGGUUCAUGCAGUUGUCGGAGUCUUGGGUGAUGACACUGAUCCAAUGGUGUCAGUGAUGAAACUGGAGAAAGCUCCGCAAGAAACCUAUGCUGAUAUUGGUGGACUGGAUACACAGAUACAGGAAAUUAAGGAAUCAGUUGAACUACCUCUUACUCACCCAGAGUACUAUGAAGAGAUGGGUAUCAAACCACCCAAAGGUGUGAUAUUGUAUGGACCGCCCGGAACUGGCAAGACUUUGCUAGCAAAGGCCGUAGCUAAUCAAACCUCUGCUACAUUCCUCAGAGUUGUUGGGUCGGAACUGAUCCAGAAAUACUUGGGCGAUGGACCGAAAUUGGUUCGUGAGCUAUUCCGAGUUGCAGAAGAACAUGCACCAUCCAUUGUUUUCAUUGAUGAAAUUGAUGCUGUUGGUACUAAACGUUAUGAUUCCAAUUCUGGUGGUGAAAGAGAAAUUCAAAGAACUAUGUUAGAAUUACUAAACCAGUUAGAUGGUUUUGACUCUCGAGGUGAUGUUAAAGUAAUCAUGGCUACGAAUAGAAUUGAAACAUUGGAUCCUGCCCUCAUUCGUCCGGGUCGUAUUGAUAGGAAGAUUGAAUUCCCUCUACCCGAUGAGAAGACUAAGAGAAGGAUUUUCACCAUUCACACCUCAAGAAUGACUCUAGCUGAUGAUGUUAAUUUAUCAGAACUUAUUAUGUCUAAGGAUGACCUUUCUGGAGCUGAUAUUAAGGCUAUUUGUACCGAGGCUGGUCUUAUGGCACUUCGGGAGCGACGAAUGAAAGUCACCAAUGAAGACUUUAAGAAAUCUAAAGAAAGUGUACUUUACAGAAAGAAAGAAGGCACUCCUGAAGGACUUUACCUUUAAAAUGUACCGUGUCACUAAAAUCUUGCUAAGGCUCACAUCUGAAUUAGAAAUGUAAAAUAAGUGAUACAACAAAUAUUCUAGAUAUCAAAAUGUUAAUGUAUUCCUUGAAAUAAAUUCAUUUAAAAUAAAA